GGCUGUAGUGCGGGCCCCGCGUCGGGCCGGGCGAGGAGGGGAGGCGCCGCCGGCGGCGCGGCGGACUCCGUUUCCCAGCGUGCCCAUAGAGGGUGGCAUGGCGGAGAAGGAUGACACCGGAGUUUGACGAAGAAGUGGUGUUUGAGAACUCUCCUCUGUACCAGUACCUGCAGGACCUGGGGCACACAGAUUUUGAAGUAUGUUCGUCCGCGUCGCAGAAGGCAGAGCUGUGUGCGGCUGCAGAGAGCCAAAAGGAGAGAGCUGUGCGUGCUGCCCAGAAACGAGGCCUCCUGCCGAGGCUGGCUGAGCUCCUCAGGACCUGGCUUCCCUGGCCGCACUGCAGCAGGCAUGAGGACGUCCUUCACCGCCUGGACGUUGGAUUUCGCCUCGACACGCUCCGAACCAUCCUGCAACAGGAAGUGCUGCUGCAGGAGGAUGUGGAGCUGAUUGAGUUCCUUGACCCCAGCAUCCUGUCUGCAGGGCAGAGCAAGCAACAGGAAAGCAGGCAGCUCCCAACGCUACGCUCCCUAGCAGCUCCUGGCAUUUGGGAUGUCUCGCUGCUCCUGGCCUUUGGAAGUGCACUGCUCAUGCUGCCUUCCUGGUGGAAGGACUGCUCCUGGCUGCCCUGGGCACUGGUUCUGCUGGGCUAUGCAGCCUUCCGCCUGUGGGGCACCUGGAGGACAGCCAAGCUGCAGCUGGCGCUGCGCAGGUACUGCCUGCAGCUGGAGGAGACAGUGGCCAACAGCCGCGCGUUCACCAACCUGGUGAGGAAGGCUCUGCGGCUCAUCCAGGAGACAGAAGUCAUCUCCAGAGGCUUUACCCUUUUGCUUGACAGGGUCAGUGCUGCUUGCCCACUUAACAAAGCUGCCCAGCACCCCAGCCAGCACCUGCUGGGCCUGCGCCGAGCUGUGUACCGCGCGGUCAGCGCCAACCUGCGAGCCUCCCGCCUGGCCACCCUCUACAUGCUGAAGCACUACCCUCUGAACUCGGAGAGUGACAACGUGACCAGCUACAUCUGUGUAGUCCCUUUCAAGGAGCUGGGCCUGGGCCUGAGUGAGGAGCAGGUGUCUGAAGAGGAGGCACACAACCUGACCGACGGCUUCAGCCUGCCUGCGCUCAAGGUCCUCUUCCAGCUCUGGGUGGGACAGAGCUCGGAGUUCUUCAGGAGGCUGGUGCUGCUGCUCUCCCCAGCCAACGCAGCCCCCAGGCCCUUGCUGUGCCCCGAGCGGCUGCCCCAUCACAUCCUGUCCGACGUGACCCAAGGCCUACCUCACACUCACGCUGCCUGCCUGGAGGAGCUGAGGAGGAGCUACGAGUUCUAUCGCUACUUCGAGACGCAGCACCAGGCCGGCCCCGAGCGGCCAGCCCGAGCCAAGCAGCAGAGCAGGCAGCUGAGCAGCCUGCAGACGGCGGUGCGCAGCCUGCAGCUGCACCUGAAGGCGCUGCUCAAUGAGGUAAUAAUUCUGGAGGAUGAACUUGAAAAGCUUGUCAGCACUAAGGAGACACCUGAGCUGACAACAGAAGCCCACCAAGUUCUGGAGCAGAAACUAAAGUUUAUUCAGCCUCAUAUCCAGGCAAGCAACAGCUGCUGGGAAGAAGCCAUUUCUCAGGUGGAAAAAAUGAGUGGAAGAAACCCAAAUCAAAAAGGCAAAGCCGAAGUCUCCUGUGACAGCCUGCAGCGCACUGCAGUCCCUUUAACCCAGCCUGCCAUAUACAUAGAGAACAGAGACCCAGUCCCUGAGGAGCAGGAGCUGGAAGCCUAUGUGGAUUAUUCUGACUCAGAGAAUGAAUGCAGAAGGGAAGAUUUGUACUGCUUCUCCCAUGAAGAGAGAGAGAGACAAGAACGCGAGAGGCAGGAAUCGAAGAGGGUGUUACAGGAGCUCAAAUCUGUGCUGGGAUUUAAAGCUUCGGAAAUAGAAAGGCAGAAGUGGAAGCAGCUGCUCUUCAGUGACCAUGCUGCAGUGAAACCCUUGUCUCCUGUAGAACCACUGAAGCUACUGAAUUAUUUGGAGUCACAGAUGAAUUCAGAUACAGAAAAGCAGAACUGUAGCCAAAGGUGUGACAGAUCUGAAGAAACAGAUCCAAAAGGGAGCUGUGCUGACAAAAGCAGGACAGAGCCUUUGCCUGAAGAUCCUGAGGUGGAGGGCAGUGAAGGCAGUGCUGCUGAGGAAGGUGUCUGUGUGAGGGCUGAGGAAGGAAUGUGUUCCCAGCAUGAAGGGGGAGAACCGAAGAGCAGCAGCUUGGCUGGAGCAGAGGGUUCGGAGCCUCCCUCGAAGGAUGCUUUGCACUCCAGAAUCAAGCAUAGGCUGGCCCAGCUCCACACAGCCACAGACCUGAACUUCACCUCGGGGCUGGCUGCACAAGCUGCUGCCAGGUCCUUCACUUUUACUACAAUGCAAGAGGAGACUUUUGGAGAUGAGGAGGAGGAGUGUGAAGACCAUGUGGAGGACUGCCAGAGUGAAGCUGGAGGCUCUGAAAGUGAUGGACAAUGCUAAGUCUGAGAUGACUUUUGUUAGACCAACAGCAGGCAAUUGGAUGGAACAAACCUGAGGUGGGGGUGCAAAGACUGAAGUUGGAUGGAGAAAAAUGAGAGCUCAGUGUAAAGCAGCUGCAGGUCUGAGUCACCGAGCAGGACUUGUGGAUGUGUGGGCAGUGUGCAGGUAAGAGGAGCGCAGGCUGCCUUCAGGAGGCAGUUGGCUGCUGCCUUGUGAAGGUCCUAGUGGUUGGGGUUGCAGUCUGUGUUUUCUGCUUGCUUUAUUUCCACUAACAUCUCUCCUGGUGGUUAUUUGUUUGGUCUAGAGAGCAGGGACAGAGUAUCUGCAGUUGCAAGCCUCCACUGGGACUUUUCUUCUCUGGCUCUGUUGUGGCACCAAUGUUUGUUCCAACCAAAGCCCCCCAGCCAGGCCAUUUCUUGUGGAGGAGCCUGAGCUGUUCCCUAUGCUCUUCCCCACCACUUCUUGUUUCAUUCCUGUGCCUGCAGUGUGUUGCUAAGCCAGGGCAGGGCGUUGUGAUCCUGUGCUUAGUGACCUGGCUGCCAUCUGGAAGGCAGAAUUUGAGAUCGGCACAUGAGGGAAGCAGUGCAAAGGAAUCAUGCUUCAGGUUAAGGCUUCUUUGCAAACUUAGGAAGGGUUAAUACAUGCCAACCACAGAGCUCAGCUGCUCCACCCUCUCCACCAUGCCCAGGGACACCUCUCAGCUACACUCAGCUGCUCAAGGUCUCAUCCAGCCUGGCCUGCAACACCCCCAGCAAGGAGGCAGCCGCAGCCACAGCCUCCCUGGGCAGCCUGGGCCAGGCUCUCACCACCCUCACACUCAACAGCUUCUGCCUCAGCUCCACUCUCAGCCUGCUCUGCCUCAGCUCCAAACCAUUGCCCCUUGGCCUGCCUCACACCCCCUCAGCACAGCUCCCUCUGCAGCCUUCCUGCAGGAUGCCUUCAGCUCUUGGCAGCAGCUCUGAGGUGCCCUGGAGCCUUCUCCUCUGCAGGCUGCAACCCCCCAGCUCCCUCAGCCUGUGCUCACAGCAGAGCUGCUCCAGCCCUGCCAGCAUCUUUGUGGCCUCCUCUGGGCUCUCUCCACAGCUCUGUGUUUCAGCAGAGCAGAGCCAAGGGGCACAAUGUCCCCUCUUACCCUCUGCCCACACUGCUCUGGCUGCAGCCAGCACACAGCUGCUUGCUGGGCUGCAGGAGGCACUGCUGGCUGCUGGGGAGCUGCUCAGCACCCAGCACCCCCAAGGCUCUUUCCUCAGGGCUUCUCUCAGCCCCUUCUGCACCCAGCCAGGCUCAGUGCCUGGGCUUGGCCUGGCCCAGCUGCAGACCCUUGCACUUUCAGAUCAGAUCAGGGAUCAAACUGAAGGCUUCUGUGGCAGGUUUGUGGAAGCUUGGACUUGUCCCUUCCAGCCCAGUCCAUGAAUGGCUCUGGGAACGCUGGCACUUACUGCAGCCACAGCAGAAGGGAUCAGGCUGGGGUGCAGCAGCCCAGGGGGCACCACCCCUCUGGUGGCUGUUGGCUUUCAGAUGUGACUCUGCCUUCCCAAACACCAGCUGUGUUUCACAGGUAGCUGCAGCUCUGUGUCAUUAGUGGACUUGAUUCAUGCUGCAGUCUUCCUAUUUAGAGCCAGCUUCCUGACCUUCUGCAGCUGCACAGUCCUGAGCUGAACACAGGCUGACAGGCAGUGCCCAGAGCCUCCCCCAGCAGCUGCUGGAGCCUCCUGCUGCUCUGCAGAGGAUCCUUGCUCCCUGAGCUGCUGCAGAUGCCCAGGUCAGGCUUUAGGGCCAUUUGUCAUUGGUGUUAGAGAGCUCUGCCCUCCUUUGUUCAGGCUGACAGAGCUCUGUGUGAUGUCUGAGCUGGCAGCCCAGGCGUUGAGGAGGAUGAUAGCUUCUCUUGGUAGAGAGCUGAUUACUCCUCUGAUGUACACUCCAAAGGGCAAUAAUGUGUGCAGCCCUCAGUGGUCUCAGCCCAUCUCAGUGUGGCCAGGAAGGACUCUCCAGGCCUUUCUCUGCAGUGGUCCUCUCACCUUGAGCCAGGCGGGUGGAUGGGACUCUGCUGCUUGUUCUUCCUCCAGCGCUGUCUCUCUUUUAGAAGUCUUCAGCUCUCCUGCAGCCAGCUCCUUAGGAGCUUGCUCACUUCUGCCCUUCACUUCUGAGUGUGCUGUCUCCAUGAAAUCCCAGGGCAGGCAGCCUAUCUGCUCUGGCUUUUCUUCCAGGAAGCUCUGACCUACCUUCCAGCCUGGCCCUCCUGUUCCUUCCUGGACCUCACUUUCCUUGUUUGAUGCUGGGAUGGAGAUGUCUCCUCAGGGGCUGGUCCUUGAACACAGGUUGCUCCUCACUUCACCUCUUUGUAGCAGAAGGGUGGUUCAGCUGUGGCUGAGUCUGCAUCCCCCUGACCAAGCUUGCUCCUUGCUGCAGCAAGGGCUGAGACAUUGCUCUCCAGCUGCUGUGCAUUGGCUCCACAGCUGCCCAGCCUUGAGCUCUGAGAGCUCAGGGCUCUAGGUUGCGCUUGACCCUUUGCCACUGUCAGAGAGCUGUGUUUGCAGAGCACAGCUCCUGCUGAGCCUUGCUGACCUAGUGAGCAGCACUGCUGCCUUGUUGCUGAAUGUCAGGAAGGUUUUCUUUCCAUACACACCCAGAGGUGCUCUCUGUGCUCCACGUGGCUGCUGCCAGCUGGCACUGCCAGGCCUGUCUGGCACAGAGGUUGUGUUUCUCUCACUUCAGGUACCUACUCAGAAGGCAAACACAAAUGUCAGCACCAGGCCUGAGCUCUCUCGUGGGCAGCAGGCUGUGGGGCAGUGCAGGUGCCCUCUGCUCUUGCCCCUUGCAUUGGAAGGCUUUGCCAGGCUGUGUCUGCUGCUGGGGCCUCGCAGCUGGGCACUGGGGGUGCCCACAUGCCCACCUGCCUUGUCUCCACGCAGCUUCCCAGCGACUCCUGCAGGCUGAGCAGCUCCCAAGCCGGGCCCUAGGGGCAGCAGAGGCUGCCAAGGGGAGCGCAGGGCAGGAAAGCAGAAGGCUCCUGCUGAGCUGCUGUGUAGCUGGGUAAUAAAGGAGAGCUGCGAGAGAAGAGGAAAUGUUGAGGAGAGACUGCAGCGAGGGGCUCCUGGCAGGGCUGCAGGGCCAGUCAGAGGCGGCACUCUGAAGCCCGCAGCUGGGCAGCGUGGGGACAGGAAGCCAUGGGCAGCUCCUGGGGCCUGGCUCUGCUCUGCCUGACGCAGUGUGAGCUGCCCCUGGGGCUCCUGCCUUCAGCGGCUCCAGCGCCCUGCCUGGGCUGGCUCCCCCGGCGCUGCUCUGCACCUGCUGCCAGUCACUGAUACUGCUUUGAGGGCAGCCUGGAGCAGGGCUUUGAGGCAGGCAUGAAGCCUGGCAGCAGGCUCCAGCAGCCAGGUUCUGGUUAGGAUGGAGGCAGAGGCAGGAGGGCAGGCCUGGGGCCUGCCUUUGCUUUCUGAUGUUUUCCCAAACCCUUUUGUCUCUGGUUCUUACCAAGUGCCAUGGCCACAGGUUUCUGGAACACCUCCAGGCAUGGGCACUCCACCACCUGCCCGGGCAGCCUGUGCCAACCCCUGACCAGUCUUGCAGCAAAGGAAUCGUUCCUAAUAUCCAACCUAAGCCUCCCCUGGCGCAGCUUGAGGCCAUUUCCUCCUGUCCUGAGAGAAGAGCCCAGUCCCCUGGCAGGCAGUCCCUUGCAGCAUCCCUUGGCUGGCUGGGCACAGGUAGGGCUUCAGCCUGGCCUCUGGAGAUGUCUUCUGCUUGUCCAGCAGUGUGGCUCCUAAGGAAAUGACUUUGUACACUUUGCCAGUGCCAAAGCAGAGGCAGCAGCACAGUGUCUGCAGCCUGGGGGCUCCCUCAGAGUGCUCAGGCUGCUACCAGGGCAGAGGCUGGGUGCUGCUGAUGGCAGGGGCCGUGGCUGCUGCACUCCUUGCUGUCAGCCCUCCCUCUGGGAUGCACAGGGCUGGAGGAUAGGUUGGACUGGGUGAUCUUGGAGGCCUCUUCCAAGCUGGUUGAUUCUGUGGUUCUCUGUGGGACCUUAGGGCUGUGGAGCACUCUUCUCCCUCAGGUGUGACUCCCCUGACUGGCAUCUCCAGGAGGGAAGGCUUAGAGGUGAGGGAGGGAGAAAGGCCAGAGCGUGCUGCUGGGAGGCAGAGGAAGCCUGCUGAGGCAGGAGCAGUGCACCUCUUGGCCUGACCAGUGCCUAAUUUGCAGUGCAAAGGCCUUGCUGACCCUUUGCUGCUUCCAGGUUGGUUUGUUUUCAUGUGGAAUGCUGAACAGACCCAGUUGCUUCUGCUGGAAGAAGCCUGCCCACCGAGAGGGGUCUGUGAUGCUUUCCUUGGCCUGGAGGUGCUUCAAGUGCUGGGGGAGCUCUCCAGCUGCAGACAUCCUGCAGGACCUGGCACUCCCACUUCACACUUUGCUCUGUAGGAACUGGACUUUCCUAUACUGCCAAGAAUGUACAGAUCUAGCUGAAGACUUAAGAUUGUAUCUUUUUGAGCAAGCCUCUUUCUUCAGCCCUCCAAGCCCUGCUCCCUGUUUCUCGACUUCUCUGCUGAUUUAUUAGACACUUGUGGUAAUUGUGUACCUCUUUGUACCAGCUGUGUUGCUGUAUUUCUCCUUCCUCUCAUUAAAACCUCUUCUUCUCA